AAAAUGACUGAAGCUGUGGUUAGUGGAAAAGAUACCUGCUGCUUAUUCAUUAACAAUGGUAAUGAUUUGUUGACUUUAAAAAAAGUUGUAUCCGAAAAAACAGACAAAGACGGUGAGAUACAAAAGCUUAAUAAAUCUAUAGACACUAAUGGCAGUGAAUCAAAUACAGACCGUAAUAUUACUAUCGGUUCAAUUUGCACCCAAGAAGAUCGUGAGUCAGAAACUAUUUAUAUCACUAAUGAAAAUUCAAAUGAAGCAGAUGUAAAUAACAGUGAAAAAGAUAUUCAAAAAAAAAAAAUGACUGAAGCUGUUGUGAGUGGAAAAGAUACCUGCUGCUUAUUCAUUAACAAUGGUAAUGAUUUGUUGACUUUAAAAAAAGUUGUAUCCGAAAAAACAGACAAAGACGGUGAGAUACAAAAGCUUAAUAAAUCUAUAGACACUAAUGGCAGUGAAUCAAAUACAGUCUGUAAUAUUACUAUCGGUUCAAUUUGCACCCAAGAAGAUAGUGAGUCAGAAACUAUUAAUACCACUAAUGAAAAUUCAAAUGAAGCAGAUGUAAAUAACAGUGAAAAAGAUAUUCAAGUAACUUCGAUCAAAUGCCAAGAUGAUCCAUAUUCUCCGAGUGGUUCUCCAUAUGAUAGUGAUUCACAUAAUUUGCAAAACGAUUAUACAGAAUUAAAUAAUAUUGGGUCACCUGCUUCUAACUUUAAUAUAUCAAGAAGAGCACCGAUACAUUCUCAGAACGAUUUAGAUACUACAUUUGAGGAUAAUCAUUUUUUACCGAAAAAAGAAAUAUUAAAUAAUGAGCGAAAACGAAAAUUUGAAACUAUGGCAGCACAAGAUCAGAAGUCUACUAAGAUACUCAAACUUUGGAACUUGAUGAAGUAUCCUUUUCAAAAAAUAACAUCUGGUACUUCAAUAAGGGAAAACAAAUCAAAUAUUUCUAUACCGGAAAUCAUAACUGAGCCCGAGUUGGCUGUUUGUAAGAACACUGAAGAAACUGAAAAAAAAAACACUCAACACAAUUUUGAGGCCGAUGAUGGAAUUGAGGAUACUUCAAUAAAUGUGAACACACAACCAAUCUGUAACAUAAUGUAACAACUGCAAAAGGUAUAAUUUAGUUAUUUUAAUAUUCUCGUUUUAUAGAAAUGUAUGUUUAUAUUAAUCAAAUAAUACGUUGAAUAUUUUGGUCUUAUCACCUUAUUCCUCUUUUACACUAAAAAUGAUUUUUGUUUUUAUUACCUGAACCAUUAAAUUAAAAAUGACCAUUUACAAUAUUCCCAAAUAAUCAUUUGAUUCUAACAUAUUAUUAAGAAAACAUUUGUGUUUUAGAAAUACUAGAGAAGUACUUGUAAUUUUCAUAAUUUUUUGAGCAUAUAAAUAACCAUUGUCUAUGUUCUAAUAAAUAUUAAACUGUUUUUUCUUGUAUAUUAAAUGGCAGUGUUAUGUUC